AUGAUGACCACUAUGCUCAAACGACACAACUCAAGAACUGCAUGUGAUCGGUGCUACAAGCUGAAAGAACGAUGUGAUCGCUCAGCUGGCGGCGUUUCCUGCACGAGAUGUGAUCGGUUGACGUUCGUCUGCUCGAUAAAUCGACCAAUUCGGGCAGCUGGCCGCAGACCAAAGAACUGGGGCAGGGUGCUCCCUGGAGACACCUCAUCCGACUCAAUCACAUCCAGCAUGGUGACGCAGCAGAACUUGCCUAUUGAUGAGUGGGUUACAGAUGGACUCAAGAUCGACUUGCAAGAGAAAGAGCUGCUGAGGGCUCUCCUGAGCCAGCCCAAGAACUUCGGCCAUCAUCUGGUUAGUUCCAGCUUCGAAGAAGCGGAGCAUCGGUUGCUAGCAGCUCUUCUACCCAGAGCCAUGCCAUUCCUCAAAGACGCCUAUCUUGCCUAUGCAGGGACUCUCCAAUUGACUCAGCAAGAUACGGCAUCAGAUGUGAUAAGAAUGAACGAUAGCUAUCGCUAUGCGUCAUCAGCCAUCGGGAUGCUGCGGUUAUUGCACGCUACCAAUGCACAGGAAUCGACAGUAUGUCUCACACUCGGAACUGUCUUAGUUCUAUCAGUGUAUUCUUUAUCGGGGCUCGGCGUAGCCGAGAUCUGUCAACACUGUCUGAGCACUACCGCAGCAUUUACGGAUGCAGCGAUAUUGUGGGAUGAAGAUACGGUGUCGCAGUAUAGCUUUCUUGUGCUGCUGGACACUGCCGAUUGCUUGGUUCACUGCAGAAAGCCAACACAGAGGUUUCCGUCUGAGGAAACAAAAGUCGUGAGCCGUCAUCUUGGAGUCUGUUUGUCACUGUUACCAUACUAUUACGACCUCUGUCUUAUCGGUCAUUGCAUGGCAAACAGCUUCGACACGGUGUGCCUGGUACAGCUUCACAAGAAGCUCGAUGAAAUACGAACUGCAGUGGAGGGCUGGAGGCCGCCUCCCCUAUGCAAUGUGUCCCAACGAUAUGAAACAGUGGACCUGGUCAACUUGCUGGCUCAAGCAAAGGUAUACCGGCUGGCAGCACUACUGGUGGGCCAUCGGCUACGAUACCCUUUCGGCCGCGAAGAUGGCCAGGCGCGCAUCUGGUCCAACGAGAUCAUGUUGGAGCUUGAGCUUGCCAACUGGGCAACGAAGCAGCCUUGUCGCUGUGUGACAUUGCCAUAUCUUGUUGCAGCAGUCGAGAUUCAAGAUGUUGGCUCGCGAGUCCAGGCAUUGGAGAACGUUGAUAAAUACGUGGAUCACUUCAUGCCGACGGUUCAACGAGCAGCAAAACAGUUUCUUUCGCGAAUCUGGCUAGAGCGAGACAACAACGCAACGCGUUAUUGGUUUCAAUCUUUGUCCAAGCCUUGUCCGGUUCUGCAGUCUCUGGAACUGUAA